GCCCCGCCCCGGCUCCCCGCGGAGACCGGCGCGCCUGGAGCGGAGCCGGCCAAGCGCUCUCGGCUGCCGGUGCCACUCGGCUUCCUCCCCGAACCCGGGCGCGGCGGCGGGCCGGGCCCCGAGUGCCUGCUCCCCACGCCCCCCGCACCCUUCUGGGCUCGGCUGGGCGUAGUGGGCCGCUGGAAUUGAGGAUGAGUAGCUGCUGGAGGCAACUUGGAGAGUAACAAUUUGGAGCCAGUUUUACAAGGGCUGAUUCAUUUUUGAAGUAAUGCCGGCAGAAGUUCUCAUCAACUGGAAGCGGCAGUGGAUCUUAAGGUUCACCUAAGUCGUAGCUUGUAUUAACAAGGAGAAUGGGAGUCUGGUUAAAUAAAGAUGCCGAUAUCCGAGACAUGAAGAGGAUCUGUCUCUGUUUUCUGAUCGUGUGUCUGGCCGUUUUAGUAGGCACCGAUCAGGAUUUUUACAGUUUACUGGGAGUGUCUAAAACCGCAAGCAGCAGAGAAAUCAGACAAGCUUUCAAGAAGUUGGCAUUGAAAUUACAUCCUGAUAAAAAUCCAAAUAACCCAAAUGCACAUGGUGACUUUUUAAGAAUAAAUAGAGCGUAUGAAGUACUCAAAGAUGAAGAUCUGCGAAAAAAGUAUGACAAGUAUGGAGAAAAGGGACUUGAAGAGAAUCAAGGUGGCCAGUAUGAAAGCUGGAACUAUUAUCGUUAUGAUUUUGGUAUUUAUGAUGAUGAUCCUGAAAUCAUAACAUUAGAAAGAAGAGAAUUUGAUGCUGCUGUGAACUCCGGAGAACUGUGGUUUGUCAACUUCUACUCCCCAGGAUGCUCACACUGUCAUGAUUUAGCUCCUACCUGGAGAGACUUUGCUAAAGAAGUGGAUGGAUUACUUCGGAUUGGAGCUGUGAACUGUGGCGAUGACAGAAUGCUUUGCCGGAUGAAAGGAGUCAACAGUUACCCCAGCCUCUUCAUUUUUAGAUCUGGAAUGGCUACAGUGAAGUAUCAUGGAGACAGAUCAAAAGAAAGCUUGGUGAAUUUUGCCAUGCAGCAUGUGAAAAGCACAGUGACAGAACUAUCAACAGGAAAUUUUGUUAACUCUAUACAGACUGCUUUUGCUGCUGGUAUUGGCUGGCUCAUCACUUUCUGUUCCACAGGAGGAGAUUGUUUGACUUCACAGACACGACUGAGGCUUAGCGGCAUGUUGGAAGGUCUAGUUAAUGUAGGAUGGAUGGACUGUGCCACCCAGGAAAACCUUUGCAAAAGUUUGGAUAUCACAACAAGCACUACGGCUUACUUUCCUCCUGGAGCCACUUUAAAUAACAAAGAGAAAAACAGUGUUUUGUUUCUUAAUUCAUUGGAUGCUAAAGAAAUUUAUUUGGAAAUAAUACGAAAUCUUCCAGACUUUGAAUUGCUUUCAGCGAACACACUAGAGGAUCGCUUGGCACAUCAUCGAUGGCUCUUAUUUUUUCAAUUUGGGAAAAAUGGAAAUUCAGAUGAUCCUGAGUUGAAAAAACUAAAAACUCUACUUAAAAAUGAUCAUAUUCAAGUUGGCAGGUUUGACUGUUCAUCUGCCCCAGACAUCUGUAGCAAUCUUUAUGUUUUCCAGCCAUGCCUAGCAGUAUUUAAAGGACAGGGAACCAAAGAAUAUGAAUUUCAUCAUGGAAAGAAGAUUCUAUAUGAUAUACUUGCCUUUGCCAAAGAAAGUAUUAAUUCUCAUGUGACUACACUUGGACCUCAAAAUUUUCCUGCCAAUGACAAAGAACCGUGGCUUGUUGAUUUUUUUGCCCCUUGGUGUCCACCAUGUCGAGCUUUACUGCCAGAGUUAAGAAAAGCCUCAACACUUCUUUAUGGACAGCUUAAGUUUGGCACGCUGGAUUGUACAAUUCAUGAGGGACUCUGUAAUAUGUAUAAUAUUCAGGCUUAUCCAACAACAGUCGUAUUCAACCAAUCCAACAUUCAUGAGUAUGAAGGACAUCAUUCUGCUGAACAGAUCUUGGAGUUCAUAGAGGACCUUAGGAAUCCUUCUGUGGUCUCCCUUACACCUACGACUUUCAAUGAACUAGUUAAAAACCGAAAAUAUGAUGAAGUUUGGAUGGUUGACUUCUAUUCGCCAUGGUGUCAUCCAUGUCAAGUGCUGAUGCCAGAAUGGAAGAGAAUGGCUCGGACACUAAAUGGACUGAUCAGUGUGGGCAGUGUAGAUUGCCAACAGUACCAUUCUUUCUGUACUCAAGAGAACGUUCAGAGAUACCCCGAGAUAAGGCUUUUUCCACAAAAAUCAAAUAAAGGCUUUCAGUAUCAUAGCUACAAAGGUUGGAAUAGGGAUGCUUAUUCCCUAAGAAUCUGGGGUCUAGGAUUUUUACCUCAAGUGUCCAUUGAUUUAACACCGCAGACUUUCCAGGACAAAGUUUUACAAGGGAAAAGCCACUGGGUAGUUGAUUUCUAUGCUCCUUGGUGUGGACCUUGCCAGAAUUUUGCUCCAGAAUUUGAGCUCUUGGCUAGGUUAAUUAAAGGAAAAGUAAAAGCUGGGAAGGUAGACUGCCAGGCUUAUGGACAUACAUGCCAAAAAGCUAACAUCAAAGCUUACCCAACUGUGAAACUGUAUCUCUAUGACAGAGCAAAGAGGAAUAUUUUGGAAGAACAAAUACCUUCUAGAGAUGCAAAAGCAAUUGCUAACUUAAUAGAUGGAAAACUGGAAGUGCUCCACAAUCAAGGGAAGCGAGAUAAGGAUGAACUUUGAAGAUAAAGAAAAAUAAGCACUGCUCAGAAGAUAGAAUGUUAAUACACUCAUGGUGGAAAUAAACCAGUACUAUAAUGGUGUGUAACUACACUGAGAGCUGUACAACACUGGUAGAAAUGGUGUGAACUUUUUCUGUAAAGGGCCAGAUUAUAAAUAUUUUAGACUUUGAAGACUGUUUGUUGCAUAUUCUUUGUUGUUGUUUUAUUUUUUAAAACAGACUUUCAUACAUUGUAAAAAAUUUUCUUAGGGCCAUAUAAAAAUGGGCCCAAGGCCAAAUUUAAUCCAUUGGCCAUAGGUUGCUGACUCUGAAAAUGAUGUUUUGGGUUCCUGGUUCUACCACAAGCCUUCUCUGCUAUUGUCUACGCACAUAUCUAAGAAAUACAAAGUGAACUUUUUUCACUGGAAGUAUUGUGCCUGGCCUAAAAUGUAGUAACUUGAUUUUCAAUCACCUGUUGUGAAAAUUCUGACUACUUUUUAUUUUUAAAAUGUUCACAUUGUACAAAAUAAACAGAUACCCUGA